CCUUCAGCGUGCACACAUACGGUGCAGCAGUGCAGACUGUUCUGGGUGCUAUGGCCUAUGACAGGUACGUUGCAGUAUGUGAGCCGCUCAGGUAUCAUGCCAUCAUGACUUCGGCUCGGCUGCACACCUGCUGCGCUCUGGCCUGGAUCGUUGCCCUGCUGCUUAUUGCGGUUCUCUUUGCCUUCCAUUUAAAUGUCCCACUGUGUGGACAAAGGAUCGAUCACGUCUACUGCAGCAACCGUGGCAUCCUCAACCUGGCCUGCAUUCCCACUCCCACAAACAACAUCUACGGUCUUGCCAUGACCUGGACUUUGAGUACAGGAAUCUUCAUCAUCAUUGCUUUUUCCUACAUCCAAAUCCUGAGUGCUUCUGUAAAACAAGGUAGAAAUGAUAAGAGUGUCCGCAUCAAAGCAGUUCAGACAUGCACACCUCACCUUGUUGUUUAUGUCCUGUAUGAGAUCGCUUCACUGGUCAUCAUUGUGAGUUACAGGAGUAUACUGCUUUGGAUGGAGAACAAAACCACGGUCACUCCUCUCACACAGCCGAUUGUGUUUGAGCUAGAAGGCUUCGAUGUACCACCAGGCUACGGCCCUUUCCUCUUCUUCUUGGCUCUGUUUGCCUACAUCGUGGUGCUGCUGGGGAAUGUCUGUGAUCUGCUGGCGGCCACUGCAGUGCUGCCUCGCCUCAUGAUACACUUCCUGAUGGGCCAGAAGAGGAUCGCCUACAUCUUGGCCAUCGCUCAGGCCUUCAGCGUGCACACAUACGGUGCAGCAGUGCAGACUGUUCUGGGUGCUAUGGCCUAUGACAGGUAUGUUGCAGUAUGUGAGCCACUCAGGUAUCACGCCAUCAUGACUUCGGCUCGGCUGCACACCUGCUGCGCUCUGGCCUGGAUCGUUGCCCUGCUGCUUAUUGUGGUACUCUUUUCCUUCCAUAUAAAUGUCCCACUGUGUGGACAAAGGAUCAAUGGUGUCUGCUGCAGCAACCGUGGCAUCCUCAACCUGGCCUGCAUUCCUACGCCCACAAACAACAUCUACGGUCUUGCCAUGACCUGGACUUUGAGUACAGGGAUCUUCAUCAUCAUUGCUUUUUCCUACAUCCGAAUCCUGAGUGCUUCUGCAAAACAAGGCAGAAAUUAUAAGAGUGUCCGCAUCAAAGCAGUUCAGACAUGCACACCUCACCUUGUUGUUUAUGUCCUGUAUGAGAUCGCUGCAGUCAUUAUCAUUGUGAGCUACAGGUUUCCCUCCCUCUCCCAAAACAUACGGAGGUUUUUCAGCAUUGUGACUAUGAUUCUUCCUCCAGCAAUCAACCCCAUCAUCUACGGCCUGGUCAGCAAAGAAUUACGCUCCAGCAUCAUUAAACAUUUCCCCACCAAGGUCCAUCCCAAAAGCUAACACACUCACGCAGUGAGUCAUUAUAGUCACUGUUAUGGUGGUAGGACAGUAGCUUGUGAUAAUGAGAAUGUUGUAAAUAAUGUG